UUCCGCGCUACGAGUCAGUUGGCCGACAUGAGCCGCGCGUGCUGGGGGCUCUGGGUGUUUAUCCGCUCUUAACGGCUAAUCUCGAAACGCGCGUAACCCCUCGUUACAUUGGGACGUGCGCGUGCACGUACCCGCUCUCGUGAAACGUACACGAGGGGUGAAGCACACGACAUUUCUCACAGUUUGUACCUGCGAAAGGGACAGAUUUGAAUUGUUCGUACUCCGAUUUUUCCAACCGUUUGGAUAGUUUUUUUUUUCCCCCCCGUACAAACGGAGAAAGAGAGAGAAAUUUUAGUGUGUUCUUUUCGCGUGCCCGGGAUUGGCUGCUUUAGGGGUAUCGAAUCAAGAGGGUUUCGGGUGAGCGAGAUCGAUGUGACACAGUUCCUUUUGCCGAAUCGGUGAACGUGUAAUUCAAUGAUCGUGGCGCUCCGAAGUGAAGAAUGACGUUACGGCGCGCGGUGUAACGAACUUGCAACGAUGAUAACACCAGUGUCAGUGCAGUGGGGUUAAAGUGCCAGCCGGUUUAUGGAUAACCACGCCACGCUGAUUGGUUGCACGAGUGCGGACUCGUAUCAAACCGACAACGAGUGGCCAGUGGUCGUGUCGCGAGUGACGCGUUUCGGUAUUUACGUGUAAUUCGGAUCGUUCGUGGAUCCUUUAACAACCACCGGGUUACGAGACAUGAAGAACGAAUGACUGGACCGAGGUGAUCCGCGAUGAGGCCGAAAUCUUGCUCGCUGUUCCUAUUGUUCUGCGUGCUUCUGCCUGGUGUGGUGCGUCCCACUCAUCCCUACUCAUCUCACGAAGAAGGUGAAGAUGCCGCGGAGGAUGAUGACUCGUAUCUUCUAGAGGAAGAUGAGGUGCCUUCGGCUACGAUAGCCAGCGAUACCGAGCUCAUCUCCGAAGGCGGCGGACAUCUGCCGGUUUUUCUCACGGAACCCGUCAAUUCUUUCGUUGUGAAAAACAAACCCGCUACUCUACACUGCAAGGCCGCGCACGCGCUGCAGGUCUAUUUCCGCUGUAACAACGUAAGAGCGGAAAACUCUCAGCAAACGGAUUUCGUGGAUCCGCACACGGGUACCAGGAUAGUCGACUGCGAGCUCAAUGUUACCAGAGAUCACAUCGAGGAGUAUUUCAGUCAAGAUAAAUUCAAAUGCGAAUGCAUCGCUUGGUCUGGAUCGGGACAAAUUAAGAGCCAACCGGCGACUAUUGACGUCGCUUACUUGAAAAAGCAGUUCGAGUCGCCACCGUACUCCGUGUCCGUCGAAGCGGGCCAGAGUACCGAACUCAGGUGUUUGCCUCCUACGGGAGUGCCGCCGCCUCGAGUUUACUGGUUAAGAAAUAAUGUCCCUGUAGACACGGAGACGGACACACUACUCGUAUCCAGCGAGGGCCAUCUUCUUAUCGGUCAGGCUAAACUUAGUCAUCAGGCAAACUACACCUGCGUCGCCGAAAAUAUAGCGGCGAAACGACUGAGCGAGCCAGUCAGUCUAAUAGUAUACGUUAACGGUGGCUGGUCUUCCUGGUCGUCCUGGUCGGAAUGCCACUCGCGAUGCGCGAAAGGCGGUCAGAAGAGGACGAGGACGUGCACGAAUCCAUCGCCCAUGAACGGCGGCCAGGCGUGCCUAGGCCCGUCUCAGCAAAAGAUGGACUGCAACACAGCCUGUCCCGUCGUGGACGGCGGAUGGUCCAGAUGGUCGGCAUGGUCGGUGUGUGGGAGCGACUGCACGCACACAAGAAGGAGGUCAUGCGACGAACCGCCACCCAGCCACGGUGGACGACCUUGCCAGGGCAGAGACAUCAACGUGGCGAAUUGCACCGGCGGUAUGUGCAACGUCGGCAACGCGAAGGUGGGCGGCGCUCAUUUGACCGAGGAAGCGAAUCGCCAGAUGGAUGUAGCCUUAUAUGUCGGUCUAACGGUCGCCUGUGUGGUAAUUGCCGGCUUGGCGUUCUUUCUGGCGAGACUCCUGCGACGCAAAGGUCGCGAUCACUCCUUGUACUCUAUGGCUCGUAAUGAAUUCCAGCCGGAGUUCUUCCCGGACCAGGACAAGAAGCUGAGCCUGCAGCCGGACGUAACGGCGACGAGCGUACCGGCCUGCUACGAGUAUCCUUUCGAUCCGAAGCUGUCGAUGUCGAGAUCCCUUUCGGAGCAUCACUACGAUGUGCCGCAUUUGUCGAUCGCGCCGCAACCGUCGCCGAUGUCGCCCACGCCGAGUACGUCGACCCAGGAGUCCUGCAGCGACAAGCAGAUCCACUCCGACAGCGAGAACAGCGUCACUAGCUCCUACCCGAGCUCGGAUUCAACAUACAAUGUCGCCUCGGAGAGCGUACGGUUGCCAAAGCUGGAAGCCGGAAACGUCGCCCGCGCGGCGGUGAACACGCGCGGCGCCCUGCUGGUCCUUCCGGACUCCGGGAUUUCCAUGUCGGUACCCGAGGGAGCGGUUCCCAAGCCGCUGCGGGAGGAGCUGUAUCUGGCGGUGCUCAACGAGGAUCGUUACAGGCCCCGAUUACCCGACGGGAUAACUCAGUUAUCGGCUGUGGUGACCUGCGGCCCGUCUACGGCAACCUUCAACAAGCCUGUGAUUCUCCAAUUCGAGCAUUGUGCCAUGUUGCAUCCGGCGACUUGGGAGCUGAGCGUAUGGGCGUGCGACGGUGUUAAUAUCGACGACGGUUCGUCAUCUAUGGUGUCCAAAGAUCACCAGUCGAUUACGUGGACCAGAGUGUUGACUUUAGGCAACGAGACUAUCAACACGCCGCUCUUCACUCAGUUGGAUCACGCGGAAGCUUUCAUAGUGACCGAACAAUUACGAGGUUACGUGCUGGCCGGUCAGAGCUGCGAGAAUUCGAUCGCCACGAAACGAUUGCGACUGGCGCUCUUCGCCAGCCAGGCCGGUCAGUGUUGCGUCAGGGUUUACGCCGUGGAGGACACGAGGGCGGCCAUGAAAGCCAUCGUGGACCGGGAGUCACAAAUCCGGGGCUAUCUGCUGGACAAACCUCGCACGUUGCUGUACCAAGACAACGGGGAGUCGCUCUGCGUCAGUCUCGAGGAAGUCGGCAACGAAUGGCAGAGCAAAUCGCCCACAGAACGCCAGGAAGUCUCGUUCCGGGACGUAUGGAACUGCCAGGAGAACGCCAAACACGUGACCUUUGGUCUGGACACGGCCUUUGGCCCGACCACUACGAGAAGCUACAAGCUGCAAGUCGCGCAGGGCAACUCCGACACGAGACAAGUCUUCAGAAUCGUUUACGACGGCGCGAAACAGUUGAUCUCCUCGGGUAGCGUCACGAGGCCGCUUCGAGAAGUCACCGUGGUCAGCAGCGGGCACGCCAACAACGCCACAACGGACUCCACUACUCUGCGGCCGUUCCGAUUUACGAGAUCUUUGAGGAAGCAGCUCUGCCAGUGCUUGGAUCCGCCGAACGCUCUGGGAAACGAUUGGAGAAUGUUGGCGCAGAGGCUUCAAGUCGACAGGUACAUUAAUUACUUCGCGACCAAGGCCAGUCCGACCGAGCACAUUCUGGAUCUGUGGGAGGCGAGGCAUCGUGAACCGACGGCGGUGACGGAUCUGCUCAACCAUCUCAGAGUAAUGGGCCGGACCGACGCCGCCACGAUUCUGGAGGCGCAGCUCGGCCCGUGGCUCUGAAUAAACAGAAAACCGGAUCUUUGAAAGGAGCGUUUCCAGCGGUGAGUGAAAGUCGAGACCACGUUGCACGCCCACAUUUCGCGAGAUCGGUGAAUCAGUGGGUGAUCGAACGGCGAACUCGAGAGAUCGAUCACAGAGUGAGUUACUAGUGAUUUAUGAAUUGCUCACGAAGUUGAGCGCGCGUGAGAACGACAACGAGAUAAUAUAAAGAACGAACCCCGGUUCUCCGAAACGGACUCAUCGAAACACUGCCUUAAUUGUGCGCGGCAAAACGCGCCGGUACUCUGUAAAUAAACGCGAGUUUAGAAGGAAAAGCUCGUGGAUCUCCUGAGAUUUAAGAGGAGAUUCGAUGAGCGUAUUUAAGGACCGUGGCGAUGUUUACCCAAAAGUUCAAGAGCUGAGACGCGCGCGGUCUAUAAAAUGAAAGAAACCUUACAUAUAAUCGUGAUGAAAUUAAUUAGGAACUGUGCAUUUAGACGGAUGUAUCUUGUACAUAAUAUAUACUAAAAAAAAAAAAAAAAAAAACACGCGCGCAGAUACAGAUGGAUAUGUCCAUUUUAGAGAUGGAUGUUUAUAUAUAUA